AGUCUGAACUCCGAAGCCCACAGCACCGCCUUCUCCCUCCUGCUGAUUCGCUUCGCCUUUCGCCCAUGGCUGGCCGCGUCCUCCUCCGCGCUGCUGCCUUCGGCCUCGCCGCCGCGGGGGCGGGGUCCCUGCAUGCCCUGUCCAAGUGGAUGCCUCCCAGGGAGAUCCCUACCUUCCUCCCGUCCGUGAAGCUCAUGCUCUUGGAGUCCGCGAACGGCCUCCAGGCCGCCCUGCUCCGCGCGCACCCGCUCUCCGGUGCGCACCUCCGCGACGUCCGCGCCCGCGCCGAGCUCGACCUCGCGCGCGUUGACGUGGAGGUCGGCCAUGGUGGCGACCCCGCCGCGGCCGCGGACCUCCGCCUCCUCCUCGCGCUCCUCGCCGCGCGCGACGGUCGCGCCGACGACGCGAUGCGGCUCUACGCAGAGGCGGCCCGCGACGCGCCUUUCGACCCCCGGCCCCGCGCCCUCGCGUAUAACCUCUGCUUCCUCAGCGGGCGAUACGCCGAGUCUGCGGCGUGGAGAGCCGCCUACCACCGCCUCGUCCCGGGCUCCAUCCAGCACCCGGGAUGGGAGUCCCACGAGACGAGGGAGCUCGUCCACGAGCUCGUGGUCGCGGCGACGCUGGGCGGCGUGCUCGCGCUCGGCUACCCCGAGCAUAGGUCCUUCGUCAUGCGCGUGGCCAGCAGCGCUGUGGACAAGGGGCUGGUCGCUGCGCUGCAGGACAAGGCGCUAUCUGCGACGGAGAGGCUUCAGUUCCGAUUGCUCCGCGUGUUCCUGGACACCAAGGUGCGGCGCCUCGUGAAGGAAGAGGAGUUGGCCAUGGCCGACAUUGGCGAGGAGGCAUCUUCGGGUUCAUCAUGAGGUUGACAUAGCUACAAAAGCCAACAAUUCUUGUUUUUCUGAAGUGCCUCAGAGAUCGAGUUACUUUGGAGGUCAUGUUCGACGAAUCAGCUUUAUGGUUCUAGAUUGUAAGCAGAGUUAUCAAACUAGCAGUUUCGUUAACCACAGAAGUUAGGUUACAGUUUCAUAAGGAUGCUAAUUCAGAUGCUGCUCCAAAAGAAUUGCCUGCUACAGGGUGAUAUGCUCCAAGGUGACUGUUCCAGCAGCUUAUUAGUGAUAUGCUCAAAGGUGACUAAUAUUACUAGGCAUAUAGCUCUUAUUCAGUAAGCCCUUUUUUCGCUCAGAUGUUAGCUGAUGAUGCAAUUACAUUUCAUACGUUGGUGUAGAAGCCAUUAUAAACUGUGUUUGCAUUCGGUCAAUACAUGCUCUGGUUUCCUUGAUAAGUGAACCUGGGUUUUCAUUGGAUGUCA